UGUAAACGCCGAAUCAUAUAGAAAGUCCCUCCGUUUUCAACAACCUUUUUUCUCUAUCUGCAACAACACUAGUCACAUAAGCAUAAGCAAAAGCAAAAGCAAAAGGAGAGCGAGCGACCAAACCAUGGCAGCUAUGUUGGCUUUCAUGCUCAGCUGGCUCACACCCACCUCCCUCUUCAUCUUCCUCAACCUCGCCAUCGGCACCCUCGUCAUCUCCCACCGCUUCUGCAAAACACCUCAGCAACAACCCCAACACGACCAGUUCGGUAGACCGCCCUCGCUCCUGCAACGUGUCAGGUCGUUCGACUUCUCCCACUACAACUUCCAACAUCACUACCCGGAACCCCAUCACGUAACGGAAAACCCGACCGGAUUAGUCCGGACUCCGUCACUCAUGGAGCGGCUCAGGUCCAUCAACUUUUCCCACUACAACUUCCAACAUCACUACCCGGAACCCGAACACGUAACGGAAUACCCGACCGGAUUAGUCCGGACUCCGUCACUCAUGGAGCGGCUCAGGUCCAUCAACUUUUCCCACUACAACUUCCAACAUCACUACCCGGAACCCGAACACGUAACGGAAUACCCAGCACCGGACAACCCGACCGGAUUUGUCCGGACUCCGUCACUCAUGGAGCGGCUCAGGUCCAUCAACUUUUCCCAGUACGACUUCCAACAACCCGACCCGGAACCCGAACACGUAACAGAACACCCAACACCGGAAAACCCGACCGGAAUAGUCCGGACGCCCUCGCUCCUGGCCCGUCUCAAGUCAAUGGAUUUCUCCUCUCUCUACAGAUCCGACCCGGAAGCUGAAGAUCUUCAUCCGACCGAGGCCCAUAACCCAAACCCGAAACCGAAGCCGACGCGAGACCAUGUGGUUCAUCGGAGCAAGUCGGACAGGGGUCAUGAAGGUUCGGAAAUCCGACCCGAAAAGGUGAUAAAGAAGUCCGCCAGCGAGAGAGGAUUCGAAGAAAACGAGGGAGGUGUCCGGCAGCGAAGGGGGGUGGAGAAAACGAUGUCGUUUGGAGAUGAUGAAGAAGUUGACGCGAAAGCUGACGACUUUAUUAACCGGUUCAAGCAGCAGCUCAAGUUACAGAGGCUCGACUCGCUUUUGCGUUACAGCAGAAAUGCUCCAGAGAAACUAAAUUAAUCUCUCUGUUUUUUUUUUUUAGUGUGAAUUUUAUUUCUUUUGUUUUGUGAACCAUUUAAAAAAUUUGAGGAGGUUUCUUUG